UGCUUUUCUUUUAUCCACACUUCCGCUUCCGCCUCCCUCUCGGCUAACCUCAAGCUAAGCUAAUUGCUGUCGAGGCUUGUUCGUAUUCAACUAAUAUCCAGACAUAAACCGUCAAUGCAAUGAAAUAGUCGACUAAUGCGGGCUCGUCGCGUUGUAUUUAAACACGUAUGUGAACCUUUUCGACGGCUGAAUCUAGUUUCAGAGGUUAUAUUCCCGGUCUGGCCCAAGGUUAGCAGGGGGCUAAGUUCGGCUAAGGCAGUAUCAUCGCAGAGAUUCACUCCAAACUACACCAAACUAGGAGAGUUUAUUGUAUUUUAUUGAACUAGAGGGGAUAGUAUGGCCGAGGCCGACAAACUCAACAUCGAUUCCAUCAUACAACGCCUCCUGGAAGUGAAGGGCUCCAGACCCGGUAAGAAUGUUCAGCUGACGGAGAACGAGAUCCGCGGCCUGUGCCUCAAGUCCCGGGAGAUCUUCCUCAGUCAGCCAAUCCUUCUGGAGCUUGAGGCGCCCCUCAAGAUUUGCGGUGACGUCCACGGGCAGUACUACGACCUGCUUCGGCUCUUCGAGUACGGGGGCUUUCCUCCGGAGAGCAACUACCUGUUCCUGGGCGACUACGUAGACAGGGGGAAACAGUCCCUGGAGACCAUCUGCCUGCUGCUGGCCUACAAGGUCAAGUAUCCUGAGAACUUCUUCCUGCUCAGGGGCAACCACGAGUGUGCCUCCAUCAACAGAAUCUAUGGCUUCUACGAUGAGUGCAAGAGGCGCUACAACAUCAAGCUGUGGAAGACCUUCACAGACUGCUUCAACUGCCUCCCGGUGGCCGCAAUCGUGGACGAGAAGAUCUUCUGCUGUCAUGGAGGCCUGUCUCCAGACCUCCAGUCCAUGGAGCAGGUGAGGCGCGUGAUGCGGCCCACCGACGUGCCGGACCAGGGCCUGCUGUGUGACCUGCUCUGGGCCGACCCCGACAAGGACGUGCUGGGCUGGGGGGAGAACGACCGCGGUGUGUCCUUCACCUUCGGAGCCGACGUGGUCACAAAGUUCCUCCACAAACACGACAUGGACCUCAUCUGCCGUGCUCACCAGGUGGUGGAGGAUGGCUAUGAGUUCUUCGCUAAAAGACAGCUGGUCACGCUGUUCUCCGCUCCUAACUACUGUGGCGAGUUCGAUAACGCCGGAGCCAUGAUGAGCGUAGACGAGACGCUCAUGUGCUCCUUCCAGAUUCUGAAGCCUGCCGAUAAGAAGCUCUUUUACGGAGUGGGAGGCCCAGGCACGGGAAGGCCCGUGACUCCGCCCCGCAAAGCCAAGAAAUGACCCCAGUAGCCCCGUCCUCUCUACCUCUCCUCCUCCAGUACCCUGCCCUCUCUACUGCUCCUUCAGUAGUCCCGCCCUCUACCUUUCCUUCCCCUGUCCUCCAUUAGUCCCGCCCUCUACCUUUCCAUCCCCGUCCUCCAGUAGUCCUGCCCUCUCUACAUUUCCUAAUCCCAUCCUCAGUAGUCCCGCCCCCUACCUUUCCACAUCCUAUCCUCUAGUAGUCCCGCCCUCUCUGCCUUUCCUCCUCCAGUAGUCCCGCCCUCUAUCUGAUGAGAGGGUGGGACUUUCCCCAAGGGGAU